UUCUGUUAAACAGUCUAGUGUCUCUCUCUCUCUCUCUCUUUCUGUAUCUCCCUCUCUCUCUAUUUCCCUCUCUCUUGCUUCCAAGCUUUAGAUAAAACCAGUGUCUUUUUUAAGAGGGAGAUAACACGGCAAUAAGGCUCCUUGAAGCCUAGCCAGGAGAAAAGAAAAAACACACAACCUGCUAAGGCUUUUUUUUAAAGACUCCUCAUUUGUGAUUGAUGCCCAAGGUCUAUAUAGAAGCCCAGUUGGAGCUUGCAGAAUAACACCUUCAGAUUGCAUACAAGGAAAUAACUGAAGGAAUCUUAGUCCACGAAGGACAGAAAUAAAACUAAAUCUUUGCUCUGUAAGUUUCGAAAAGGAAUGGCUUUCCCUUCAUCAGGGUGCCAAGGUGAACAACUUUAAAAUACAUAACAUUUUGACCUGCCAAAAAUACGUAAAUGGUUUUAUCAUGAACAUUGCUGAUCAAAAAGUAAACUGCUACUGAAUUGAUAAAAGAAGAGGAUUCCGUAGGACAGGCAGUCAAUUUGACUGGAGCAAAGAAACAUAAGGGAUAUAUCCUUCGAAAGCUGUCUGUGGAAAUUUUACGCUCAUUGUUUUUGCUAGAAGAUUCAAGUGCAGGGCUUCAGGAAGAAUGCAUUUGGAGUUUUGAAGGGAGGAAGGCGUCAUCCACUUAGCCCAGAUCAACUGAAUCAACUCUAGUGACCCUGUAAAAGAAAGGAGGAUAUCCGCAUACUAGAUUAUCUUGAAUCUGGUGGCCCUGUGAGAAAAUGACUGAAGGUCGCAGGGAAGCACUGGCAGCGCCACCAUCGACUGCUACUGCGUCAACCACCAUCACUAAUGCCACACAUCCAGCUGGUCCUGGGGAAGCAGGGAAGGAGAAUGGUUUCUCUAAGAUGAAGGACAAGUUCAUGAAUGAGCUGAACAAAAUUCCACUACCUCCAUGGGCCUUAAUAGCCAUAGCCAUUGUAGCCGUCCUGCUGAUUCUUACCUGCUGCUUUUGUCUCUGUAAGAAAUGUUUAUUCAAGAAAAAGAACAAGAAGAAGGGCAAAGAAAAGGGCGGCAAAAAUGCAAUUAACAUGAAAGAUGUCAAAGAUGCGGGCAAAAACAUGAAGGAUCAGAUGCUGAAGGAUGAUGAUGCAGAAACUGGGCUAACUGAUGGUGAAAAAGAAGAUGAACCCAAAGUGGAUGAAAAACUUGGGAAACUGCAAUAUUCUCUGGAUUAUAAUUUCACAGAAAACCAGCUUAUUGUGGGGAUUAUUCAAGCUGCAGAACUGCCGGCCUUGGAUAUGGGAGGAACGUCUGAUCCUUAUGUGAAAGUCUAUCUGCUUCCUGAUAAGAAGAAAAAAUUUGAGACAAAAGUCCACAGAAAAACCCUUAAUCCCAGCUUUAAUGAGCAGUUCAUUUUCAAGGUGCCCUAUGCUGAACUGGGAGGAAAAACUUUGGUGAUGUCAGUUUAUGAUUUUGACCGAUUUUCCAAGCAUGAUAUCAUUGGGGAAAUUAAAGUGCCUAUGAACACGGUUGACUUUGGUCAUGUAACUGAAGAAUGGCGGGACCUUCAAAGUGCUGAAAAAGAAGAGCAAGAGAAGCUGGGUGAUAUUUGUUUCUCACUCCGUUACGUGCCUACCGCUGGCAAGCUGACUGUUGUCAUUCUGGAAGCAAAGAACCUGAAGAAAAUGGACGUGGGUGGCUUAUCAGAUCCUUAUGUGAAAAUCCACCUGAUGCAGAAUGGCAAAAGACUGAAGAAGAAGAAAACGACAAUCAAAAAGAACACACUCAACCCAUAUUACAAUGAGUCAUUCAGCUUUGAAGUGCCAUUUGAGCAAAUUCAGAAAGUGCAAGUUGUUGUGACUGUUCUGGACUAUGACAAGAUAGGCAAGAAUGAUGCCAUCGGCAAAGUCUUUGUAGGUUACAACAGCACUGGCACGGAGCUGCGGCAUUGGUCAGACAUGUUGGCCAACCCACGAAGACCCAUCGCACAGUGGCACGUUCUAAAGCCAGAAGAAGAAGUAGACGCAAUGCUUGCACCGAAAAAAUAAAGAAGAGAAGCCUUUCGAUACUGAACCCAUGUAGUGCUCUUUAGAACGUAUGUGUAAAUACCUCAGUAGUAUGGGUCCAUUCACUUCCAUCUUUUGCCAUGUUUUUUCUUCUUUGGUUCUUACGCACCCCUGUCCCUUUUCAAAAAAGGAAAAUGAAUAGUGUUUUGUUUUUCUCCUUCAGAGUUUAGUUCCUUUUUUUGCAGAUGUGUGAGCCCAUUGAAUCCGCAUCAGUACUUUUGAGUUCUCUUCAACAUUUCUCCCAAAUCUCCCCUUCUUUUAAGCAAUAUGAUCUGUGUAGAUAGAGCAUGACUGAAUUUGUUUAUUGUAUCACACAGUUGUACAUAGCAGUAUGCUGACAAAUGAUUUUUAGUCUGUGUGUUUGUAUGUUGUUUAGCGUUUCCUAAUUUGUGUAUAACUUGAUGUUUUUAAUAAGAUGUUCUAUUUUAAACUAUGUAAAUGGACUGAGAUAUAGGAAAGCUGAUAUUGUAUAUUAUAGAAUUUAAAAUUCUAUCCUACUGCAUUCCAGUUAAAAUUCCAACCUGCGAGACACUAGUGGAGGUGCACUCAUAUUGUAAAGGACAGAGCCAGUCUGUAUGUUUACUUACUGAACCAUCAUUAAAAACAGAAAACAAGUAAAGGCCAUUAACUAGUAUGGUUACUCACAUACCAACACACACACACACACACACACACACACACACACACACGGGCUAGAAAUCAUAUAAGCACAGGGUUUCUUAGGACUUUUUUAUACAAUUUGUUUCAUUCAAAAAACUCUAAAACUUUUUUUUGGGUAUUGUUCCACUCCUGGACCAGCUGGUUACUUUGUCUGCCAUUGGUCCUCAUUUAAGACAGACUUUUAUUUCCAUGGUCUCAAUUCUUUGUAUUAGUCAGUAUGAUCAAACCCUGCAACUAAUCCUCUUGCAAAAAGAAAAGAGAUGAUAGCCAUUGCCUCUUUUAUGAUGUUAAAUGUAUAGUAACUAUCGCAUUGAUGGUAGAUGUGCUAGCGUACGGAAUAGGGUUAACUCUCUAGGGUAGGGGGUGGAAUUUCCACACUAGCUUUACAAUCAAUAUUUUUAGAUAAAGUUGUCUGGGUGUUUUUUUAGUAAUUGCAUGAUUUUUUUAACAAUCUUUUGCUAAUUACCUUGACAAAAGGGAUGGGGAGUUGCAUUUCAAAUGGGGGUCUUUUUAUAUUAAUUCCUUUGCCUUCAACCAAUGAAAAAAAUGCGAAACGAAAAAAGUUUACUUCUUGCUCAAGAGGAAAGAAAAAGUACAAACUGUUAAUUUGUUUGUAUAAAAAGGUAAUGAUCAAAAAAAAUCUAAAGAUGAUCAUUUUUAAACACUGCCAUUUUCAGGGAGGUAAUAACCUUGUGUGUGAAUCUCUUUUCUUUGAACAAUUUUUGCUGAUAGCACUUGUUUUACCGUUCAAAGUCGUGCUGAGGUUAGCAGCCAAUAUACAGUACAUCACUGCCCUCAUAUAGCAGCAAUGCUGCCCGCCGUGUUUACUCGGUUUUAUUUUACUGGGCCGCCAUAUUCUACUGCAAAUCCACAGUAUACAAGAUAAUACAGUGUGCACAAUUGUCUUCGCCCAGCAUGUAAAGAAAGAAAACACUGACAAAAAUAGUUUGCAGUUAUAUAACGUGAAUUUCUACAUGGUAAUUUAACUAAGUCUCCCUGAAACAAAAUAAAACAGUUUCUCACAUUGUUUCACCAAAAUGAAGAAUGUUUGCCACCAGUGUCUCGUUAGAACAAUUAUUUACUGAAAAAGAAAGGAAACUGUUUCUUGAUCUGUGUGUAUCUAUGUGUAUGUAUUAAUAAAAAUACAUGCAAUUACAUAUGCACAGUAUAUUAUAUAUUAUAUAUAUUCACACACACAUUAUAUACACUGCACUGAAUGUCCAAAAAUAAUGGAACCAUUCCAGACUAUUGUAUGCUAUGACUUGACAAGCAAAAAGCAUAUAUUUUCCCCUAAUUAAAUUAGGAGAAACAAUAAAAUGUUUUCUCUAUCUUAAAAAGUCUCAGAGUUUGGCCUCGCCAACCACCAAGCCAUGCAAUCCAUAUUUCAUAUUGCACUUUUUACCACAAACUCCUUCACAGGCUCCAUAAUGGAGCAAACAUAACUACAGUCCAUUAAUGCUGAGUUUCUUGCUCAAACACAUCUGACUGGGAUGAUUCUUUAUGUCUCAGUUUUUCCAGCAUAGGCAAUGCUUUUCACAUAUUCUCACAAUGCACUGCAAGACAAAAAAUGAACUCUGCUGAUUCACUGACUGAUGUGUACAUAUAAUAGAUACCAGUGAUAAUUAUUAGCUACAGAGAAAAUACUUCUUUAUUAUCAAGUUAACAACAAUAUCCUGAGAUAUUAUUUUUGGUUCACUUCUGUGCAUGUGUAUGUACAGUAUGAAUCUGUAUAAGUAUAUAUAUAGGAACAGAGAGAAUUUUGUAUCUAUUUCCUAUUUAGUGUUGCUCAUAUCUAUCUAUCUGUCUGUCUAUCUAUCUAUCUAAAUAUAUAUACUGUAUACACAUUGAUACAUACAUUACAGAACAAAUAUAGUGUGUAUCUAUUUAUUUAAACUUUGGAUGUGUGUAUAUAUAUAAAUAUAGGUGAAACUUUAAUCUCAAUAUGAAACAUAAUAAAUUUUAAAGUAGGCUCAACAGCAGUCUUUUUAAAUAUAUCAAAAACCGUAAAAGUUAAUGGUCUGCUUUAGUCAAGAUUAAAAAAAAAAUAACAAAGUGAAGAUUUAAUUUGUCCUUUACUACGGGUUAACAAGAGGAACACUAAGUGAAAAGUUCAAGUGAAUUAACACAAAUUGUCUUACCUCUUUGAGGAACCUCUUGUGAAUACUAGAUGUUUGCUUCAGGAGGAGUUUCUAAAUGUUUUCAAUGUUAUUAUGUAGUAAAUGGCACUAUUCUGAAGCUAUUAGUCAUUCCAUAAGAGUCUCCAAGGACCGCUUUGUGUAUCACUGUGACUGCCGUGUGUGCUUAGAAAUGUAGAUUACUCAGUGGAUAGCGACCAAUUUAUUCUGUAGAAGUGAUAUUGUAUAAAAAAAAAAGAAGAAGAAGAAGAAAAACUGCCAUUCCCUUCUGCUGCACUGCCGAGAGAGCGAGCAUAGCACAAACAGUUCUAAUAACCCUGGACCAAUCAAGAGCUGAAAGGGCUAUGCAGAAGAAAUAGAGGCUUAAACUAGAGCGGGUCAAAUCACACAGCGUUUUGUUGAGCACUGUGCAAUAUUAUGUAUGUUCAUUACAUAGUGUUAUGUGGGCUGUGGUGCCCAAGUAUGACAUUUCUUCUUUAUUACUGAUUAACAUUUUUUUUUUUAUUUUCAAAGCAAUGGUUAGAACACAGCACACGUAGCUCCUAUUUACAAAGAGCUGAACACUUGUGUUUCCCCUUUUCCUUCCUUGAAUGCAGAUCUAAGAGAAACACAUUCAGGAAUUACUUUUUUUGAGA